GUAUUGCCAUCUUUAAGUGGGGUACAGAUGCAAUUUUCCCAAAGAAAAAAAGAAAAAAGACCUAGUACGUAGUUGCCACAUUUCCCGAUCGAGCUAAAAGGAAAAAAAGAAAGAAAGAAAAAAAAGAAAAAAGAAAAAAAGAAAAGAAAAGAAAAGAAAAGAAAAGUAAAAUAGGCCGGACGGCCCCUUCUUUUUCCAGCAGCAGCAGCAGCAGCAGCAUGAAUGGCACUGGGCCUGUCAUUAAAAAAACGAAGGGAUAAUUUGCAAAAUACCCUCAUAAGUUGAUAUCUAUGCCAAAAUGCCCCUGAAAGAUGUGGGUAGAGCGGAAUGCCCAAGCUUUUGGCCCGAAAUCUUUGUGUUGUGCCCCUGUCAGCCCAGGGACAAUUUGGGAUUUUGGAAGGAAGAUCACUGGCUCUGAUCCACCCCAUCCUCAUGGCUACCCUAUUUGGUGUCACGGUGUAUGCGGGCUAUCUUGGCUGGCAGUGGCGACGAGUUCGUACCAUUCAGGACGAGAUCAAUGCCCUCAAAGCGCAGCUGCCGCCCAAAUCGGAUGACGCCCCACCCUCGCCUUUGGAAGCACAGAUUGCACAGCUGACAGAGGUUCGCAAGCAGCUGGUGAAAGGAGGCUUUAAGGACAGACAUAACAACAUGGGGUCGUUGCUGCUGGGCCUUGGUGUUACGCUGUCAAUUGAAGGAGGGGUCAACACAUACCUUCGCACAGGGCGCUUAUUUCCAGGUCCCCACCUCUAUGCAGGAGCAGGUAUUACGGUCCUCUGGGCCCUUGCAGCCUCGCUCGUCCCCGCCAUGCAAAAGGGAAACAAUGCUGCCCGCAACGCACACAUUCUGCUGAAUGCAAUCAACGUACUCCUCUUCGCGUCACAAAUACCGACAGGCAUUGAAAUCGUCUACAAGGUCUUCGAGUUUACCAAAUGGCCAUGAAGUGGCCAUGUAACUGUGCUUCCAUGAAUAAUCAGUUGCUUCCAAACAACGUUCGCUAGAACAGUACCGACCUAAGUAAGAAUGUGUACCAUAUUGUCAUAAUACUUCUCAUAAGAAGGAAAACGUUCGGCUUCUGUGUUGUGUUUUCGGAGAAGCUGAGUGUUGGGAAACCGUAGCAAUGGUGGAAAAGUGACUUCCGUUAAAAAAAAAAAAAAAAAAAAAAAAAAAAAAAAAAAAGCAUGGCUACGCCGGACCCGGAAAGCUCAAGUCCGGUCGGGUCUGGACAUACAGACCUCCGGGUAUGUAUGGUUCCGGGUGGUCCGGACCAGUAAGCAGGUCCGGAUAUGUCUGGACCAUUGAAAAAAAAAAAAAAAAAAAAACUGAAAAUUCUUUAAAAAAGUAUGUUACGCAGAGUAACAAUACAAACCACUUUUGCCUCAGAGACAUGUCAGAAUUCCUAACCAAACUUGAGUUAAAAGUCAAAAACUAUAAAAAAAACCCCUUAAAAAUUGAAAAAAAAAGUAAUGAAUUUAAUUAUUAGUU